GGCACAGACAGAUCAGUCAUUAUGGGAGGGAAGGCGGGCUGGUGGAUGUUCGCGUUCACCUUGCUGGCAUUUUCCCUGUUGCCAGCGCAAGCCGCGGGAAGGACCAUGAAAUACGAAACGUACGAAGAGGACUCACCGGGAACCGUGAUCGGAAACCUGGCCAAGGACAUGUCCCUAAAUCCGUCUCUGGGCUCCAAGACUAAUUUCAGAAUGAUGAAGCAGUUUAACGCGUCUCUUGUGCGUUUAAGAGAAAGCGAUGGGCAGCUCACAGUGGGAGAGAGAAUCGACCGAGAGAAAAUUUGCAAACAUACAAGUUUGUGCGUUAUUGCUUUCGACGUGGUGAGUUUCUCCAAAGAGCAGUUCAAACUGAUACACGUCGAAGUCGAGGUGAAGGACAUUAAUGACAACGCUCCUGCGUUUCCAAGAAAAGAGUCUUCACUGGAGAUUUCUGAAAACACAGCGCCCGGGACCAGACUGCCCAUAGAUGUGGCUGUGGAUGAAGACGUGGGCACAAACUACAUUCAAAGCUACCAGAUCUCAGUGAACAGCCACUUUACACUUGACGUGCUUAGCAGAGCUGAUGGGGUUAAAUAUGCGGAGUUGGUGCUAAUGAAGGAACUGGACAGAGAGACUCAGGCAUCAUAUGCUCUCGAGCUGGUGGCGACGGACGGAGGCAAUCCAGCCAGGUCUGGCACCACCAAAAUCAACAUCAAGGUGAAGGACUACAAUGAUAACAGUCCUGUUUUCGAGCGCAACCACUUCUCAGUGGAAAUAUCCGAGGACGCACCGGUGGGUUUUUUACUCCUGGACCUCAAUGCUGUAGAUCCGGAUGAAGGACAAAACGGAGAGGUGGUGUACGGACUGGGCAACCAGGUGCCCUCGGAGAUCAGGCAACUUUUUCGCGUUGACCGCAAAACCGGACGCGUCACGCUCGAGAGUCCGUUGGAUUACGAGAGCAAGAGGACCUACGAGUUCAAUGUCCAAGCGACUGAUCUAGGUUUGAGCCCGACACCUCCAGGCGUCUGUAAGGUCGUGGUACAGGUGCAGGAUGUGAACGACAACGCGCCUGAGAUCACAAUCACUCCCAUGACGUCUAUGGCGGCGGGGGUGGCACAUGUGACCGAGGCGGCCGCCAAGGACACCUUCGUGGCUCUGAUCAGCACUUCGGACAGAGACUCGGGCGCUAACGGACAGGUCCAUUGCACACUAUACGGACAUGACCACUUCAGGUUACAGCAGGCUUACGAGGACAGCUACAUGAUUGUCACCACGACGUCUCUGGAUAGGGAAAAAAUCCCUGAGUACAACUUGACCGUGGUGGCUGAAGACCUGGGUUCACCUCCGUUCCGGACGAUUACGCAGUACACAGUCAGACUCACUGAUGAGAACGAUAACGCACCUGCGUUCAGCAAAGUCGCAUAUGAAGUGGCGCUGGUGGAAAACAACGCGCCUGGAGCGUACAUCACCACGGUUGUUGCGCGGGACUCAGAUGCUGGGCAAAACAGCAAAGUAAGCUACAAGCUGGUCGAAACCUAUGUCAUGGGCUCGCCAGUUUCUACAUUUGUUUCUCUCGAUCCUGCCACAGGUUCUCUUUACGCUUUGCGCAGUUUUAAUUACGAAGUUCUUAAACAACUCGAGCUGCGCGUCCAUGCAAGUGAUGCAGGCGCACCGCAAAUGCACAGCACCGCCACGAUCAACCUCAAAAUAAUCGAUCAGAAUGACAACACUCCAACCAUCACACACCCACUGCUAAAUAAUGGCUCUGCUGACCUUGUCCUGCCCCAAAACGCACCAGUCGGCUACGUUGUAACGCAGAUAAAAGCGCGGGACGCUGACGACGGCGUUAACGCAGAGCUGUCCUUUCAAAUAACAUCCGAAGCUGGCACGCUUUCGAUCAACAAAGUGAAUGGAGAGAUCUACGUGAACAGGGAGGUUGCAUACGAAGUGGACGACACGUUCAAAGUCACGGUGACGGUCAGUGACAACGGCAGACCAUCCCUCACUUCUACAGCCACCAUCCGAUUCACUGUAGUCGCUGGAGCUACUAAAUCUGACCGCAACCCAUUCAGGACCGACGACGAACCUCAUCAUUGGGACCUGUCAGUCGUGAUCAUUGUGAUUCUGGCUGGGAGCUGCACAUUAUUGCUCUUAGCCAUUAUUGUGAUUGCGACCACCUGCAAUAAACGCAAGCUGGACAAAAGGCGAGAUGGAUUCCGAGCCGAAAAGGUGGAUGACCUGAACCUGGACGAAGAGAGGAACAACAGUGAUCCACUGAUUCCCAUUCACAAUGACAACGUCUAUGAGGUGCAGCCCUAUAUAAAUAAGCCUGGCUACACAGAAUCUCUUCAGACUGGCAGCGAAUGUUGCAGUUCCGAAGACGGAAUCGAGUCUCCAUUUGAUUCCCAGAACAAAAGCCGAGGACCAAAACUGGACGGCUAUUUAACCCUGCCUGGCUAUGGCACAGAAGGAGUGAGGCCAGUCACAAUAUGGAAAGGCAACUCCUAUACAACCAUUUCAGCCCGAGAUCCUCAGUUUAGUGGGAAAGACAGUGGCAAAGGUGACAGCGAUUUCAACGACAGUGACUCAGACAUCAGUGAUGGACUGAAAAAGGAUGGACACCAAACCAGCGCUCAAGAUGCUUUGUGGGCAUGUACGAGCGAGUGCAGGAUCCUCGGCCAUUCAGACCGCUGCUGGAGUCCAAACGCAACAAGGGCCAGCAGUAACUCCAGACAGCACCUGUCUACUUUCUCCAAGACAGGCUCACUUCCAAGAGACAGUCUUAAAAGAGAGAACUAUUACCAGGCACUCAUCCCAAAAACAGUGGGUUUGCAGAGUGUCUAUGAAAGGGUGCUGAGCCAAGAAUUUGUCUUGGUACCUCCGACUCAACCGAGCAUAGUACCAGAAAUCAGUGAUGUGUCCAUCCCGGUGUAUUCCCCCACCAUGUCACGCUGUUCCACAAAUGAAGUCUGAGUGUCCAGACAGGUUCCUUCUAUACAAAAAACUAUUUAUUGCAGUUAUAACUGCCAUACAUGCAGAGGGAGGAAAUAUGUACAGGUCUAAAUAAUAUCUGUGUAUUUAAACAUAAUUUUAAAUCAGUGUUGGUCUUCUAUGACACUUUAAAGCAAUCAGCUGCAUUUGUUGCAGACAUGUAUAUUAUGCAAGUUUGUAAAUACAGAGUCUAUUUUUAUAUAUUCAUAAUUAAAACAAUUAUUGGAGAUGAUACUUUAUUUUAAAAGCAUGUGUUAUUUAAAAAGGUCCUAGUGGUGUACAGUCAAAAACCCUGACAAGCUGACAAAUGUGCAUUCACUGAAACUUCUGGAUCGAUUUAUUUCACAGUGUUAUUAAAAUAAACAUUGAAAAUCGA